AUGGGCUCUCAAAUUAGCAAAAUUGAAGAUAAUGUUCAAGAUUUCUAUAAAAAGACGUGGCCACAAGCUUGGUACUUAGCUCCCUCAUUUCUUACAGCACUAGGUACGGUUGGCUAUGUUGGAUAUGCAUUUUCGCAAACCAAAGCUGUACCAUCGUCAUCAAAUCUUUCGUUUUUACAUUUGGUUGGUGUUGCUGGUGGAUUUGGUAUUAGUUUUUGGGUAACAGUUGUACAUGGUCGUGCUAUUCAACGCAUGUUAACUCGCCAAGAAUUUGCUACUGUUCAAUCACAUUUAUCAUCGGUUUAUUUUGCUUCAUCGACAAUUUUAUCUAGUCUAAGUUUGAGUACAUUUUUACUACGUCAUCCAGCUAAUACAUGGUCGAAAGAAGCAAAACAUUUAGGUAUUGCUUUAUUUGUUGCAUUGGCUGCUGCUGAAUUAAAUACUCUUAUACUCAAUCCAUUGGUAACAAAUUUAAUGUUUGACCGUAAUAAUAUUGAAUUUUUACAAGCUGCAAAAACAACGGAAGAUAUCGAUCGAUUACGCCGUGAUGAUCAAAAAUAUCGACUUGUCAAUAAUAAAUUUGAUUUAUUUCAUUCCAUCUCAAUGGUAUCGGGUUUAGUCUAUCAUGGUGUCCAAUGGUAUCAUCUAUUCUUUCUUGCUGACAAAUGUUUAGUCCUGUAA